CUAACCAGUGUAUGCAACAAAGUCAUAACCGCCAGAUAUGAAUUCUAGGCGUACUGUGCUUUCGUCCUUGACAAAACGUGUUAGCCAAAUACGUAAUGUUUGUAUAUUGGCUCAUGUUGAUCAUGGAAAAACUACUAUGGCUGAUGCUCUGCUGGCCACCAAUGGAAUUGUGUCUUCACGCCAAUCCGGGAAAUUACGUUAUAUGGACAACACUGAAGCAGAGCAAGAGCGUGGGAUAACAAUGAAAUCUAGUGUAAUUGGGCUUGUUUUCAAUCGGACUAUCUCUCCUUCAGAUAAAAACAGUGAAAAUUACUAUCUCAUAAAUCUAGUCGACUCUCCUGGGCAUGUUGACUUUUCUUCAGAAGUUUCAACAGCAGUUCGUCUGUGUGAUGGUGCAAUCAUUGUGAUUGAUGUUGUUGAAGGAGUAUGUCCACAGACACGUACAGUGCUUCGUCAGGCUUGGGAUGAAAGAUCUACUCUAUUAUUAGUUCUUAAUAAAGUUGAUCGAUUGAUUUUGGAGUUAAAGAUGACACCAUUACAAGCCUAUGAGACAAUGUGUCGAGCAAUAGAACAAGUGAAUUCAGUUCUUGCUGAAAUGUAUUCUGCAGAUGUGAUGCGUCAAAGAAACAGUUUGUGGGAAACAAGUCUUAGUAAUCAAAAACCUUUAAGUGCCUUAAACAGUGAUACUGCCUAUGAUUGGAGCACUGGUCUUGAAAAAGCUGAUGACUCGAAUUUAUACUUUUCGCCUGAAAAAGGCAAUGUUGUCUUUUGUUCUUCUGUUGACUCAUGGGGUUUUCGUAUUGACCAGUUUAGUAAAACAUGGUCUGAACGCUUGUCAAUACCUUGUUCAGUGUUACAAAACUCGCUAUGGGGUGAUUUUUAUCUAACUGCUGCUGCGGCUGCCUCUUCUACAGAGUCGAAUAAUAAAAUGACUGUCAAGACAAAUGCUAAACAAAAACAAAAGAAGCCUAUUUUUGUCCAGUUAGUUCUAGAGCCUUUAUGGAAUGCAUAUCAGACCUUAUUAUUGGAUGAUAAACGAGACAAAGUGUUUGCAAUGGCUGAAAAAGUUGGUGUCAAGCUGGACCAACGUGUUAUCCGUAAUGUUGAUAGUCGUGGAGUUCUACGCGCCUUGCUAAGUGCUUGGCUACCCUUGGGUCAUACACUAAUGCAGGCUAUAACAGAUAUCUGUCCUAGCCCGUCUAAAGCAGUAUCUGCUGAUCGAGCUGUACAUAUGCUUUAUGGCGAUACAGUUCUGUGUGAUCUACCACCUCUUUUGAAGGCAGACAGUCCUAUUUCAAUUGAUCAGACAUCACGUGUACCGAUAAAUUCAGUCUAUUCAUCAUCGGGUGCUAGUUUGGCUCUUCAAGCGUGUGACUCCUCUGCAGAAUCGCCAACUAUUAUUUUCGUCGCUAAAGUAUUUUGGACGGAUAAGCUACGGCCUACUUCAAAUGCUUGUGAUCGUCCUGUCCCACCUGAUGAUAUAAAAUCAGAAAAUACAGAUCAGAUCAGUACUGUACAGUCUUGUGAUACGGAAACUUCCGAUAUUAGUCAUCCAUGUGUUGUUUCCCAACCCUCUCUUUGUAACACUUCAACCAGACAAGCCAAUACUAGUCUACGAUCUCCUUUGGUAUCGUGUAAUCCAUUCGCCGAUACUGAUUUUGUUGCUUUAGCUAGAGUUUUUAGCGGCACCGUUUAUCCUGGUCAAAAAUUAUUUGUUCUUGGACCGAAAUUUGAUGGCCGAAAGGUGCCUUCAUAUCUCUUGGAUGCAGAUCCAGAAAACUUUCCACUUGGUCCUGUUCGUCUACGAAAUGAAGAAGAAGAAGGUGAUCUGGGUCUUUCAAGUACCAGCAAUCAUAACAAUUCAUUCGAUGAUCUUGGUAAAGCCAGCUCAGUGAAUUCUGGCUCGUUCUCUAUCAGUCGUUCAGGAUCCGUUGGUGGUGGUUCAAGUGAAUUUCGACUAUCCGGUCCAAGAUAUCUACGUCAUGUUUAUGUCGCUUCGAUUGUUCGUGUCCUUCAGCUGUUGGGUAGUCAGUCAGAUAUGGUUGAAAUUGUUGAUCCUGUACCAGCUGGGAAUAUAGUCGGCCUUACUGGACCCGAUCUGAUUGCAUGUCUGCCUAAAUCUGGUCUUCUAGUUAGCCGAUUAUCACUGGUCGCUUCGAUGGCUAGUAAAACAGAUAAUAAUUCUGAGACAGAAAUCGCCCCUGUCCUGCCUUUAGCUGGUUUAGCUGUUUGGCAUGGUGCACCAGUUAUUUCGGUCGCUGUGGAACCAGCAUCUGCUGCUAAUCCUGAAGAUGUUUAUCGACUGGAACGUGGUCUUCGUCUGUUGGAUCGAGCUGACCCGUGUGCAGAGGUUACAAUCACCGCCAGUGGGGAAUACAUUAUACGUGCUGCUGGUGAAAUUCACUUACAAAAGUGUAUAGAAGAUUUAGUCAAGUAUUUUGCACCUGAUGUUGAAUUACAAAUCUCUCCAUUUGUUGUACCAUUUCGUGAAACUAUCAUUGAUACAUGCUCAACAAUGAAUUCACCUUCAAUAGCUGUAUUAUCUAAAUUAUCUUACGAAAAAGCUCGUGCUCAAUAUGAAAGUAUACUUCAAAAACGUAAUUUAACCUCGGAGUUAAAUUUUAAUCAACUAGAGAAAUUGAAUUUGAAUUCACCGCCGUCACCACAGCAACCGUUGACAACAUCACCCAUUAAAACAACAACAACGAUAACAACAGUAAAUAUUGACAAUAAAACAAAUGAUAAUUUAAGGCCAAGUAAUACUACUAACAGUGCUAUCAGUAGUACUCAUAAUCAUUUGCAUAGCAUAUCUAAUUUUGCCAACUGUGAUAUAACCGAUUUCCCGAUCAGUGUAUUUCAACUUCCGCAUAGUAAGCCAAGAACACGAAUUCUAAUCCGAGUUACUGCUCAUCCAAUGCCAAGUGAAUUAUUAAAUUGGAUUGAACAUCGUGGUUCAUCAAAAGUCUCUCACCUAAUUCGAGCAUUUAAAAGUAAGGCAUCAAAUUACUCUAAACUACUGUUGGAAUUUGAACAACAACUGUUAAGUGUAUGCUCCGAGUUAACCUCUAAAUGUAGUCCAGCCUGUUCUAUUAACUGGAAACAAAUCACAUCCUCACUGUUAGCAUUUGGACCAAAUCAAAUAGGACCAAAUCUACUGAUAAGUCAUUUAAGUAGUGAUACAUUCCCAUUGUGUACAGCUUGGGGUAAAAAGUUGACCACUUCAUCAACUUCUAAUAGUAAUGAUAAAUUCUCAGAUAGCGAUGUUAAAAAGACGUAUAGUCUACCAUUGGUGAGUUAUGGGAAAGCAUUACUUCGUGGAUUCCAACUGGCCACUUUAAAAGGCCCACUGUGUGCAGAACCAAUGUAUGGUGUUGUAUUUGUACUGGAAGAGAUUGUUACAGAAUAUUUGAAUGCUUUAAAGUUACCAGAUAGUACUGAUGGUACUACUACUAUUAGUAACAGUAGUCAAGAUAAGACGCAACAAUCCGAUCCAAGUUGUCAGUUGUCAGCGACGACUCCACCUCCUGCAACACUGCCUACUUCAAGUGAUUCAGGCGACAAUCCAGUUUGUACUACUACUGCAACUACUACUGCAACUACUACAACUACUAUUAGUUCUGCAAGACGUCGUCGUAAAUCGAAACGAUUGACAUCAAUUUCAUGGUUAAAUGAUUAUGAAGAUGAUGAUGAUAUUGCGAAUAGUUGUCAUAGUAGUAAUAGUUCAGAAGAUGAAACUGAAGAAGAUUAUGCUAAUGAUGACGAGCCAAAUGAGGACUGGCAUUCAAAUUCCUCAUCGGAAGACGAACAAGAAGAAUUAGUAGAAGAUUACCAGUCUGAUGUUGAGAAUACAAAUGCAGCUAUGUUACAGAAUACCAAACCUGAAGCAUACUUCGAUACAACAAAAGAAAUACCCUAUUGGCAACAACGACAAGAUAUAUCAUGGUUACAUGAUAUAUCACCGGGACUUCUCACCUCAGCUAUGACAAGAGCCUGUAUCACUGCAUUUCAAUCGUGUUCAUGUCAACGUUUAAUGAUUGCUGUUUAUGAUUUAGAAUUACAAGCUCGUUCUGAUGUCCUAGGACGUAUGUUUGGUGUUCUCCGGCGUAGAUAUGGUCGUGUUGUUGGUGAAGAUUUUCGUGAAGGUGAAAAUAUCUUUGUGAUAAACGCUCGACUACCUGUUAUUGAAAGUAUUGGACUAGCAGAUGAAAUAAGAAAACGUACCAGUGGUAUUGUCAGUCUACCACAAUUACGUCCUGGUGGUUGGGAAUUAUUAGAUAUUGAUCCAUUACAACAGCAUAAAGAUACAGUCACUUCAACAGAUACGAAAGAAGACACAUCUCAUCAUCAUCCUGUCGUCUGAGAACAGCAACAACAACAACGACAACAACAGGGAAAUAUUCAUCACGAUCAAAAGUAGGCGGAUUAAAUGUUAAUACUACUGGUGGCAGUGUUGUCACCGGUGAUGAUGGUACUGGUGAGAAUCUGGAGGAAUCAACAAGUCAAUUCUCUAGAGUACAACGAUAUAUUCGUGAAGUAAGACAACGUAAAGGUUUACCGUUAAAUGAACAAUUGGUGCUUAAUGCUGAUAAACAGAGGACAUUGAAAAAGAAUAAAUAAAUAAAUCUCUUUCUUCCUUCUAUAUUUUAUAUAAACAAUAAAAUCAGUUGUAUAUUAUGCAUAUAUCUAUCUAUCUACCUAUCUAUAUAUUUCACAAGAAAUACGCUUCAGAAUAAUAAUAUUUUUUCAAAAAAUAAUCUUAUAAAUAAAGGUGAUUUGUAUUCAUAAA